UAAACAAAAGUAAAAAUGUAGAUAUGUCUUUAGUAAUUAACGGUAGAGUGAAAGUCAUAAUAACUAAAAUUCUAAUGCUUGUGCUUGAUAAAUAUUUUUAAUAAUAACCCGAAAUGGCACAGGAAAUCAAUUGAGGCGUCCGUUACUUGCGUCGCGUCACCGCGCCGGUCAAUACGGCGCGCGCGGGCCGUGCGCCCCGCGCGUCAUCCCCUCAUUUCCACCCCUCAGUCAGAUUAUUUACCUCGUCUAGAACACCCUUGCUAAAAGAUAUAUUAAAAUACUACACUUUAAAUUUCCUAAAAACGUUAAUAUACCUUAAAAACGCGGCAAAACUUCAAUUUUGCAAAUUAUUUUCCGUUGUGAAUAAUUACGUUUGAAAAUGAAUGAAAUUGAUUUAAUUAAAGAGGUAGAGAAACGUCCAAUUUUGUACGACAAAUCAGUGAGUGGUUUUAAUAAAACAAAGUUGAGAGAUGACGCCUGGAAGGAGGUUCAGGAAGCGUUGAACGUGUCAGAAGCCGAAUGUAAGAAGCGAUGGCGUUCAUUGCGGGAUUCAUUCAUAAAACUGCAGCGGACUCACGGUGGCCGCACGCGUUGGCCAUACCACAAUGCCAUGAGGUUCCUAUUACCGCAUGUAGAACCGAAGUCUGAAACUUCAGCAAAACGAGAAACCUCUGACUCGGAAACAGAAGAAGAAGUCCGUCACCGUCCAGGUCAAUCUCUUCCCGACCUCUUUUUAGAACCGCGACUAGAGGAUGAAGACGACUUUCAGCCGAAAAAACCUCGACUGAACUCCUCAGAUGAUGAGCUUCAGAGAACAGACCCGGAUGAGCUAUUCCUAUUAAGUUGCGCGUCGACCCUCAAAAGACUUAAUGCCAAGCAAAACGCUGUAGCUAGACUUAAAAUACAACAGGUACUAUAUGAAGCUGAAUUCGGCACUCAAAUGGAGCUUCCAUACGUUACUCCGGCCAGCGAUUGUGAUUAUGAAAACGUUGACGGUUCAGUUGAAUAAAAUUUAUUCCAUUUUAACAUUAAAUUACUUUAAAAUAUCAUUUUUGUCGCGUCGAAUUGGAUCCCGUUAAUCUAGUCUCGUGUUCUAUGAUUUUUCACUAUGAUUUAAUAACUGAUCUUGAAAAUGGAUGCAAGAAUGAUGGAUUUUAAUUAUAGGUUUACAAAAUAUGUGUGUUUAACCACUCCAACAUUACUAUAAAGCAAUCCUGUAUGACCCUUACCAUAACUGUUAGUUAAGAAAAUACAAUAAUUAAAAAAAAAGUGCAUGUGUGUCUAGGCCUCAGAUUUCUGUUUCAUGAUCAUUUGUAAAUCUAAUAGACAGGUGAUCAGCCUCCGUCUGAUCCGUCGCCGUCUAUUAGGCACAGGGCGUCGACUUUUUAGGUCGAAGGCAUGCCGGUUUCCUCACGAUGUUUUCCUUCACCAUUCGAGCGACUGUUAAAUGCGCACAUAGACCGAAACUCCAGUUCAAAGUGUACAGCCGGCGUUCAAUCUACGCCCUCAUUGAUGAGAAUCGUAUUCUGAAGCCACCAAACCAACACUGCUCUCAAUAAAAUACAAAUACUUAACUAAAUUUUGUUAUUUUUUGCGUUAAUUAGUCUGCACCAAUGUUAGUAUCUUUUUAUAUGACAUAGAAUUUUCUUACAUUCAGCGACGAAUUUUAGCGCGAACACAUCUGUCCAACCGAUGACAGAGCUGAUUAUGUCGACCACUUAGCAUCUGUAGAUAGCUCAAUCAAAGACAAUUUACUUUAAUUAUAUUUGUUAUAAUAAAUGAAAAACUGUGUUUUGUAAAAAGAAUAAACGAAUUGUAAAGACAAACAUUUUGCAUACGAUAUUUGACUCAUUGUAAUUAAUUAUUUGAUUAUAACCAAACAACCUGUUUUUGAUUAUUUAUUAUGUACAUAAAAUUUAGUGUUCCUUUGUACGAAACUAAAAUUAAGCGUGAACGACAAACUGUUUUAGCAUUGAAUAUACAAGUGUAUUUUA